UAUUUUUAUUUUUUCGCUUGUAUCCAAUCAUUCGUAAGAGCUUUUUAUUCGCGUACAUACUUUACCAUUCCGUUUUGACAUUCUAUUAUUGUGCCAUUCUGUUAGUCGGUUAUCCUGCUAUUCCACCGAAGCACAUUAUUUCGUUUUACCAUGUUAGUUUAAGCUAUUGUUUUGCCAUGCCCAUUCCGCCUUACGGGUUUAUGUUACUGCCUUGGGUUACUCCUUUACGUUACUACAUUGCGUUGCCAUACUGCGCUACUAUACUGUGUUGCUGUUUCUCCCCCUUCUCCUUUUUUUUACUUUUUUUUGUGCAAGAAUACGGUUAACAUAAGUAGGGAAGCGAACAAAAAGUGAAUCAUGCGAAGUUGCUGCAACAAGGUUCACUUCACUUUUGCAAAAACUGAGUAACAUCCCCUUUCCACAUCUACCAUCUUAAACGUAGUUAUUUCCCCUGUUUUCCUAAUGACUACGGGCAUUUAUUUCCUAAUCCUGUUAAUUUUUUUCUAUGCCUACCUGAGUUACCUGCUAUACCAACUGUUAAUAAGAAACAGAAAAGUUUCGCCAGUAGCCUCCGCCAAUUUGACGGGGGAGAAGACUAGGAAUUUUUUGUUCGUUUUUUUGUUUUUCUGUCAUAUAAGCAGAAUAAUAUCCCUUACAAUUUUGACCUACCUGGACAUACGCUAUUACGUGAUUGACUACAACACGCUGCUGUUAUUUCCCAAUUUUUAUUUCUACUUAAUCAUAUUGAAAGCCAUUCCCACAUCGCUGUACAUUUUCCUAAAUGGCCUGGUGUACGCAGUAAAUAUCGUUUUGGCUAGCUUGAGCUAUUUCACCCAGGCGUUCUACAACUAUAUUUAUUACAACUACAUCUUGGAGUCCAUAAUAGAUUACAUAAUAGCCAUAGCAUUCCUGUACUAUGGGGUUAAGGUGACCAAGAAACUGGAAGAAAAAAGCAAAGGAAUUUCAAAAAACAACAGUAUCAUAAAAAGGAUACUGUCUUUGGCUAUUAUUAUGUUUAUUAUUUUGGCCCUGAAAGGAUUAUACUCCUUUUGGUGUUUCGUGAAGGAUGAGAAUUUUUACAACUCCUACUUCGAUUUACCCACUUGCGACGCGAUAUCUUAUUUCAUCUCAGAAUGCAUCCCGUCGCUCCUCAUCAUUUACACGUUCCAAUCUAAUAAGGGGAAAAACUCGAUGAACUUUGAGUACACCACUCCUCUGUGUGCAGACACAUCCGAUCCAUAUGAUUUAAAAUCCCAAAAGAAAAAGACAAAGAAGAAAACGAAUGUAUAG